AAAAAAUUAAAAAUUGAUGAUGAAACGGAAUUUUGCUCUGAGAAUCUACUGCAUCUCCUUCUUCGCUGCAAAACUGUGUUUGAUAACUUGGAGGGGGAGGAGAUGAGGCGAGCGCGUACUCGAUCAAACCCUUAUGAAACAAUCCGAGGGGCUUUCUUUCUCAACAGAGCUGCUAUGAAAAUGGCGAACAUGGAUCAUGUUUUUGACUAUAUGUUCACUAACCCAAAGGAUUUUCAAGGGAAGCCCCAGACGCGUGAUAAGGAUGGUGAGUUGCUGUAUUUUGGAGACGUAUGUGCAGGACCAGGAGGAUUCUCAGAGUAUGUGUUGUGGCGGCGGCACUGGCAUGCGAAAGGUUUCGGGAUGACGCUCAAAGGAGCCAAUGAUUUCAAACUGGAAGAUUUCUAUGCUGCUCCCAGCGAGCUCUUUGAGGCCUAUUAUG